ACAUAGGUUCUGUUUGUUUAUUAACAAAUGUUUAUUUACUAUUCUGGACUGGUUCAAUUAUGCAAAGCAGGCGUGAAGUGGCGUGGAUCUUCAGGCCUCCGUGCGAGAGCGUAACCAUAGCCACUCGAGCGGCGCAAACCGACUGUCAUCAUUCGACUAUAGCUCCAUGAUCCGACCACGCCGAAGACACCGACUUGAUGAUAUUUCGAGUGAAAUUGAUCAGAAUAAAAACACAACCCAUGCAGAUUUCCGUCUGCCAUUGGUCACAGCGGGCAUUCCAGGCAUACCGUCUUGCCUUAUUUGGAUCGGUGGGCGUGGCUUGUGACGCUGCCUCGCUGCUGUGGUUUUCCUUAGGGUCGAGACCAUGUGGGAUUGCAGCCAGCUAUCUACGGGGAAUCGAGUCCUCGGGGAAAGCGGUGCGUAUGUACGCUCAACAACCAGCACUUGAUGGGAACAAAAGGGAUUCUCUCGAGACAGUCCCAACCCCCACCAGAAGUCAGAUUGCCUGCGCUGUGCACAAUCUAUAUCGUGGCUGUCCGUCUGCACACUGUGUGGCAGUGUGUGUCAUGAACACACGUUGUGGGUUACUCACGUGGGCCAACGCAUAAUAGGCGCUCAGUCACACGUUGCACGGACGCUUGAAUUUUCUCCGAUGAAGGGUCGGUUCAUUCACAUUGGGUCGUGCACUAUCAAAUCAUCAACAUUGUAUUAAUAUAAAUAUAUAUUUUCUCGGUCAGUGUACAUAUACACACGGUGGUGGUAACAAGUCCACCGGUAUACACCCUUCCUCCUUGAGUAAGCCCACCCUAAGUAUAUGACACCUGUACGGUGGUUAAAGCGACCAGACAGUGCCGACUAGGGGAUGCAUGUAAGACGUGCCAGUUUCCAGUCACGAUCGUGCAAGUUUCUCACUUACCGUAGCGAUUCCCCACUUGCCGGACGAAUGAUGAUAAGACAAGGUGUCCCACUCACACUGUGAACUCUGCCGUGUACUGUCAAGCGCUGAAGUCAUUCAACCCCAGGAGAAGUGAUAGCUGAGCUUAGUUGAGUCUCAGAAACUGAGCCACGCGCCCUCACGCCGUCAUCUUUUGACCUGGCCUGUACCGGCUCACUGCUCCGCAUCAUCCCUGGAUAGUUUGCCCCUCUCCCCCCUUGUCCCCCUUGUCCCCCGUCUCGCACUCCACCAGUACGCCGACAUAGUGUGUGUUACUAUUAACACCAACUUCUCACAACUCCAACGCCGAUCAGGACCAGCGGGUAUCUCCCUGGCUGUGUUUCUGCUUGGCUACGGUACAUCUCCAAGUGGUCGUUCAUGUUUGGAAUCCAAGACUCCCUCACAAGAGGCACAACAAACCUCAAAGAAGAACCCACUGGGACAGCUCAAGUAGGAUCCAUACGUAGUUGGAUGCAGCCGAGCAUGGUGGAACAAGGAUCCAGCUCCUGUGGGCUGGCUAGGGCACACUUCGAGAAACAACCGCCCAGUAAUCUGCGAAAGAGCAAUUUCUUUCAUUUUGUCAUCGCUCUGUAUGACCGUGCUGGACAACCAGUGGAGAUAGAGCGAACACAAUUCAUCGAUUUCAUCGAGAAAGAGAGGGAACCAGACAGUGCUAAAACGAACAAUGGAAUCCACUACAGAUUACAACUUCUCUACAAUAACGGUGCCAGGACGGAGCAGGAUUUGUACGUCCGACUCAUCGAUUCCAUGACAAAACAGGCAAUAACCUACGAAGGACAAGACAAAAACCCAGAGAUGUGUAGGGUUCUUUUAACCCAUGAAAUAAUGUGCAGUCGUUGCUGUGACAAAAAGAGUUGUGGAAACCGAAAUGAAACGCCAUCAGAUCCGGUCAUCAUUGACAGGUUUUUCUUGAAGUUCUUCCUCAAGUGCAACCAGAACUGCUUGAAGAAUGCUGGCAACCCAAGGGACAUGCGACGGUUUCAGGUUGUCAUUUCCACUACACCCAACGUGGAUGGUCACGUCUUGGCUGUAUCUGAUAACAUGUUUGUUCAUAACAACUCCAAACACGGUCGUCGAGCACGAAGAUUGGAUCCAUCAGAGGGAGCUACGCCUUGCAUCAAAGCUAUCAGUCCCAGUGAAGGAUGGACAACUGGGGGAUCCACUGUCAUCAUUGUGGGCGAAAACUUCUUUGAUGGUCUUCAAGUUGUCUUUGGUACGAUGAUUGUAUGGAGUGAGUUGAUCACAGCACACGCCAUCAGGGUCCAAACACCACCUAGACACAUCCCUGGGGUGGUAGAGGUUACUCUAUCCUACAAGUCCAAGCAGUUCUGCAAGGGUGCACCGGGACGUUUCGUUUAUGUUUCGCUCACAGAACCAACCAUAGAUUACGGUUUCCAGAGGCUCAGCAAACUGGUACCCAGACACCCUGGAGAUGGUGAUAGGCUUCCUAAGGAGAUCAUUCUGAAGCGGGCAGCUGACCUGGCAGAGGUCUUGUAUGGGAUGCCACGUAACCAGGUUCCUAUACCAGCACCACGCUCACCGGCUAUCAACAACUCUAGCGGAUCCAGCGGUCUGGUUCCCAUGAAUUCCUUCAGUAGUCAACUCUCUCUUGGCGAACAUGAAGCCAGUGGUAGUGAACAACAGUCAGGUUUUUCUCGAGUUCAACCCAGCAGUGCAUUAUCACCUCGGGGUUAUUCCUCUGGUAUCUCCACUCCUCAUAGUAGUAACGGCAGCACAGGGUCCUACUCCUCAAUGAAUGGCUACGCUAGCGCCAGUAAUCUCUCCAACAUGGCUAUCCCCUCAUCACCCAGUCUCUUCAACGGAACAGCCACUGCUGCCCCCUCCUCCUCUCCACCAUCUCUGCCCCACCCCCCUCCUAGCAGUAACGGCACUGGGGGCUCUUCCCAUCGCACAGCCUCCGCCUCGCCUGGUAUAUUCUCCUUCUCUCCGGCCAACAUGAUCACUGCCGUUAAGCAGAAGAGUGCAUUUGCCCCCGUGGUGCGUUGCGGUCCCUCCAGUCCCUCACCUGGCUCAGGACCGGCUGGAAUGAUCGGUCCAGUGGCCGGGGCAUCAGGUGAGCGUGAGACACAAGGGUCUACAACCAUGAUGUCUCCGUCUUUCUGCGGAGUAGGGGGACCCUUUGCCCUGCCCACCUGCGGUGCACACACCUAUGGCACACACAUAGAAAGUCCCAGCAAGUAAUCUGUCUCUCACUCGCGCUGUCUGUCUGUUGGAUGACAGGUGACAUCUUUUAACUCUUUUGCUACAACGAGCCGUUCACAUGGGGGUUUUUGAAUACAUCCUUAAAAUCCAGCUGGUAACCACUGGACAAUUGCUACGUCAUCAUCUUUACCCCCAACAUCCUGAGACAAUUUGAUAAUACCUUGAUCCUGUUUCCACCUCAUUCAUAUUGCAAUUUGAUAUGCAACCUCACCAGCAGCAGUCAUAAACAGGAACUCAAGGGUUCCAUUCCAGCCUAAAUCACCAGUGGAUUGGUUGGGGAGGGGCGGGGAACCAGCAGAUGUUAAAGAGCUACUGGUAACAUCUGUGUGUGGCUCUCAUGCACGGAUGUGAUACAUUGAACUGUAAAAAAACCUGUUUUCAGCUACAUUUCUGGAAUGAUUUGCUCUUGUAAGAAUUAACAAUUCUUAGAAGAUGGACGGGAUAAAGAAAAUCCUGAAAAGCGAAGAUCUGGUCAACAGUUGAACUCUAAAAGUAGUUUACAAACUUGUAGAUGUCCUAUUAAAUUGUAACCAAUCUCUGUCUGUGUCCAGUAAUCAGGAUAUUUUGUUCCAGUUAUUGAGAACAUAGACCUUCAUUUAGGUAACCUUGUCCUUUUUAAUGAGAGGAGCUUUUAUCAUCUUGAACAUGUUAUACAGGGAAGCUUUUUUAAGACAUAAAAAGUAAUGAUGACGAAGAUGACAUAUAUAAAGUAUGGUGCCAAGAUCUUAAUUUGUUAACAAAGAGAAGGGCUUCAGUGUGAGCCUAGUACUGGUUUUUACCAUCAAGUUUUUGCUGCUUCUGUACAUAUUUGCUUGUUAAGUUUCAGGCUAGGGGAAGACCCAACACUGUUAUUUUUAUACUGGCGUAGUAUAAAGACGACUUUAUGGUGAUCAUGUAAGCCUGUUUUAGGUGGAGUUUAAAAAACAAAGAGCACCCAUGUGGGUGUAUUGCUCUGUAACGUGAUGUGAGGUUAUCUUAGCUUUUUGAGACCAGGUUAAGAAAUGUUAGGCUAACAUUUGGCACUUGUCACACCAAGUCUUGGUGGCAGAGGGAACUUUAAAAAUGCACUUCAUUUUUCAACCAGACUGUGAAAACUGUUAACUAUCACAAUUGCCCUCAGUGAAGGAGAGAACACAUUAAGAAUACCAAUCUGGAGAUUUGUAUUUGAUAGGGCUAUUCAUAUUCCAGAAAAUAAACCUUGGUUUCAAAGAGGGUCCAUUAUCCAUCAUGACUCCGAAAGAGUGGAAAGUAUGAAAAGAAAAAAAUGUCCAUACUAAGCUCAGUGUCGUUGAAUUGUUGCAAAGGAAUAUACCUUGAAUUGUGGAGUUAUUUUCACCAUUUUACCUCAAAACAAUUUUUCUAAGUGAUUUAAUGUUUUGUAAUUAUGCUGAUGUGAUGGUUAGGCUAAUUCAGAGUCACUGUUGAGUAUGUACAUGUAGAAGUAACCUUAAACUGUGUAUCAAGCCCCAGUUAGUCAUUCAGUUCAGAAAUGAAAAAAAGAGUGAAUUUUUUUUUACCUUGAUCUUGCUUUUUACAUUGUCUUGCCUGCAAAAUGCUGAAGCAUUUAGUUCCAGAAGGCUUGCUGUCCCGUAACUUGAGCAACAUUGCAUUUGUUACUUUCACAGCUGUGUAAUAUGUCUGCCCAUCUGGUUGAUGAGGAAAUAUUCCCAGCAGUAGAAUUUAAAGGCCUCAUUAAUGACCAAAUGUCUAUUUUACAAAAAGUGUUAAAAAGGAAAACCCGGCAUAUCAAUACGUGUUUAAGUAGCUCAAUUUGAAAUUUGUGUGGCUAAUCUCUCAAGAUUCCAUGCUACCUUAAACCUCCCCAAAAAUUGGAAGCAGUCAAAAAUGCAUUUUUUUUUUAACGAAAGGUUUCGGACGUUUGAAUUCUUUUGACGAGCAUCCAACGUUGCUGAUAGAAAAUAGUGCUUCAAAAGCUAUUUCUGGCAUUAUUCUGGUAUUGAGAGCAAAUUGAAAUACCUACUAUUCACACACAUUUUCUUUAGUAAUUGCUAAAGUAGCUUGUUAUUCUUUUAUUUUAAAUUUUCAAAAGAAUUAUUGGCUUUCACACAUAUCUCAACAGGGUAUCUCUAAGGGUAUAGAGGGUUUGCAUGCUGCCAUCUUGCAGGCCAAUGUUUUUGUUCCACAAGGUAUGCACCAAGCUUUCCCUGUAGAACAAAAGAAGUGCCCUACAAGAUGGCUGCCACGUAAAGCCUCUACACAGCUCAAUAUGUGCUGUUAGCCAGUGUUGAAACAAACUAUGGGAGAAGGUUGAACAAAAUCUGAAAUGAUUCAUUUUGUUGAAAAGCUUUGUUCUGGAUACACAACCCAGCUUACAUCUUACCGUCAUUCUUCAUGUAAGGUUCCCAUAAGCAAGUCUUCUCUUAACGAUAAAUUGUUGCAGCCCAUGUACAAAGUGUACACUCUCAACACGUUAUUAUUCUUGUAUAUAAAACAAGGAAAUUUAUAUGUAAGUGAUUUUCGGUUUUUGUUUUGUACAAAGACACAGUAAGCAACGUGUCUCUAGCGCUGUGGAAUGGGCUAAAAAUAAAAAAAGGUGUUUUGUUCCGAAAAAAUGUAUAUAGCAGAAUUUCUUUUGAAGAAAAAAUUUUAAAUCGUGACAAACCAGAUUCAGUAUUUUAUAAGAUUUUAUAAAAUCUUAAAAAUAUUAUUGUAAGUUUUUUGGGAAUGAUUUUUUCUUCUUAAAAAGGCAUAAGGACUUAGCAAUUCUGCAUUUAAAAAGGUUUUGAAUUAAGUGGAAUAAGCACAGUAAAAGAUUCCUGGGUGAAAAAGCACGAAAGAAAAAUACCCGGUGUUAGUUCUGCAUGUGACAUUUGCUUUAUUACUGUAUAACCGUGAAAGACAGUCAACCGUUAACAAUCCAUGACUACACAAGAUCGUGCCAUACUACGUAUUCAAUUGUUAUGUAUGUUUCAAAUGUAACGGGCUUUCACAUUCCCUGUUUGGGGGAAAUAUGUCUGCAUUCAUGCCAUUUUAAAUUCGCAGAGUUAUACAAAGUAGUAGUUUGUUUCUCCUUGUACACAGAAGCAUGUCUGGUUGAAUGACGGAAUGAGCAAACAGGAAUGUAUAUGCCAAAUACUAAUGUUUACAGAAUAAUGUUUAAAGAUUCAAUACAAACCACAAUAGUGAUGGCGACUUGAGAAAAUGAGGUCGCUAGAUUUAUGAGAUAAAACGGUUAGUUUUAUGUAAACUUUGUUUCCAAUUUUCAAAGGGAUUACCAGACCAAGAUGCUUUGUACUGAUGUUUGGGAAUAUGUAGAUAAUUGGUAAUGCUGCAAUGUGUACUUAAGAAGUCUUAGGCAUUCAUUUUAAAUUAUAUGGGACUGUAUUCUUCUGAGCUCGGGAAUGAUUCCUUUAAAAUGGUUUUCAGGGCCAUGGUUUUAAGUUGCCGGUAAGUGAUUUAUUUACUUGGGCAAAGAAAUCAUCUACAAUAUACUUGAACUAAUUCCAAGACAUGCAUCAUAUGGCAUUUUGACACACUUAUCAGUUUUCUCAUGCUGUGAGCAAUUGUUUCUAUUAAACCUUAUUUUGCUCAUGGUAUCAAUGACUCGGACCCCUGUUUAAGGUGGGUACGCUUUAACUAACAUCCACCAAGGUUUGUGGCUAGAUCUUGUUGACGUGUAGGUAGCAUAUUGCCGUUGUGGUUGACUGUUUUUGUUGUUCAAUGUGACUAUAUUGUCUUGAUUGCUCUUAAAAGAUGAACAUAUUAAUAAAAAACGGAAAUAUACAUACGUGAGAAUA